AUGGAUCUUCCCAGGUUGCCGAGUGAGAUGGGUGACGGUGAGAUUGCCACGGCAAAGGUUCCUGCACAGGCCGUGGUUCUCUGCCUCCUUUCACCCCUUUCUCCCCUCUCCCCCUCGCAUCACUUGCCUCCGCACCCCCUUCUAUCUUGGUUCUCCUGGCUUGUUUCUCUCCAACCCCCGCAUAGAGCUAAGCAAAACCAAUUGACUUUGGGAAUGCCUUUGAUUUCUUCUCCCCUAGUGAGCCAAAUCUGCAGCGUGCGCUCUCUCCCUCUCUCCCUCUCUCAUCUUUCAGGGGCUCCUCUUUGGGAAGAGGAGCCGCCUUGUGAUCUCACCAGCAUCCCGUCCAUUGAACUCCUUCCAUCCUCCCCCAAGUUGGUUCUUUUCAGCCCUCGCUUGCCCUCUUUCUCACAGCCUCCCCACCGUGGUUCCUCUCAACUCCCUCCCUUCCCUUGCUGGCUCUCGGGGCGGUGGGUGGGGCAGGGGGCAAAGCAGCAGUGCAUACCCCCCCAACCCCAACCCACUUGCCCCACAGCCUCUCAAAGCAUGGAAGGUUGA